AUGGGGAUUCCUUUGGCUGCUAAACGUGCUUUUAAGCUUUCCACUGUUGCUUUCAUUUUUUCUGCUCUUUUGUUAGAGAUUAUUCCUCACCCUUUUAAGUGCAGCAUUGCUACACAUAAAUUCUUUGUUGAACAGAUUGUGUUCUUUGUUGGUAGUUUUGCUAUCUUUUUCUGCUGGGAGUUGACUCAUAAUUUACAUCGGGUUUUACAUACUAAAAGAUCCGUAUUUGCGCCCCCAAAAGGAUCAGCAGCUGCAGAAACAAAUCCAAGCGAGCAUCUCCUUUCAGCCUUGGAGGAGAGUAAUCCAAAAUCUCUUCUUCGAUAUCUUGCUUACCUUGAUCUUUGUAUGGUUUGUGAGAACAAUGUUGACACUUGGCGUCGUGCGGCAUUUUUCGAAGAAUCCGGCGAAACUUACAAGAGAGUAAUUGCUGUGUGCUUGAGGCCUCUGGAGCAACUUGCCUCAAGAUUAGGUGAGAGCAUGAGUGAUUCUACUGACAAACCCACCUCUCUAUUAUGA